UUUUUAAAUCAUUUCUUUCUUCAUUGUGAUUUUGCGAAGGAGGUGUGGUCCUACUUCUUAGGGCUGUUCGGUGUUUGGUGGACCUUCUUCUGAUAUCCUUGACCUAGCUUGGUUUUGGAAUUCUAUCACUUAUGGUACAAGAGGGAAGACACUAUGGAGAUACACCUUUAUGGAUAUUAUUUGGAGCAUGUGGGAGGAAAGGAGUAGUUGAAUUUGUAGGGACGAGAGUAGGAUGGAAUGCAAACUAUACGAGAUUGUCAUGAUCUGAGUGUCCCAUUGGGCAACUAGCCAAGAGAGUUUCAAGGGUAUUCCUUUUUACUACAUCUUGAGGGAGUGGGGAAGAGUGGUAAGAUCUUGACAAGGAAAUGAUAUUAUAUGAAUAGGUGGCUUCAUAUAGCUCCUUGCUAAAAUUAAAUUUCGAUGCUAGCAGCUUAUGCAACCCAGGACUUGCAGGGAUUGGUGGAGCAUUUAUAGAUCAUUUUAUUACUGUAUUUGGGUCCCACUGGGCUAGCAGAUUCUGUAAUGGCAGAGGUGAAGGCUUUGAUCGAGCGGCUGUCUAUAUUUGGCUCUCAGUUGUGGAAGGACCUAGUGGUGGAGGAAGACUCAGCUUUGGUUUUAAAUUGGCUUCCAGGAAUGUACAGAUACCUUGGUGAUUGACACACUUAAUUCAGAAGGCAAAGACAUUGUGUAGCCUGGGGCAUCACGUCUUUUUGGAGGCCAAGGUCAGGUUUCUGUCUUGAUGGGGCAUAACAAUGUACAUGACUUAAUUGAGAAUGAAAGAGCUCGAAGGGAAUCUAUUCUAGAUCCAAAAGAUGUAAUGGAUGAAUUUGAUGCUUCACUAGCCAGUAAAAGAUUUCCAUCUAUCACUUUGGGUAGUUCUUCAGUUAUUGAAUUGUAUGAUGGGACCACUUGUCAAAUGGGAAGAGUUGACCUGUUACCAGAUGAAAGCUUUGGUGGAUUUCUCCCGAGUUCUUUGGAAGAGAAAUGGAGUGAAGAUGAUGCAAUAAGAGAAACAUGGCCUUCAUUGGAUCUUUCACUUUCAAAUGGGAACUCAUCAUCAUCACUGGAUGACAGAAAUUCUUUCAUGUUGACUUCACAUCCUCAGUCAAUGGCUUUAGAGGAUGUUGGAAAUUCAGAUUCUAAAGUUAUGGUGGAGGAAUCUUCAACUCAUAUAGGGCUUGAAACACAGCAAAAUGGAGCAUCUGUUGAGCUGAUUCUUGAUAAGCCUAUCAGUUGUUUACCAGGAUUAAGCAAAAAGCUUCGUCAUCAGCUUGAAGAGUGUGGUAUUCAUACGACACGGAAAUUGCUACACCUGUUUCCUCGAACAUAUGCUGAUCUACAAAAUCCUCAAGGAGAGAUCAAUGACGGGAGUUAUCUGAUCUUUUUCGGGAAAGUAUCAUCUUCCAGAGGGGUCAAAGCAGGUGCUGCUUUCUCUUUCCUUGAGGUUGUUGUGGUUUGUGAGAUUGCAACUAGUGAAGUAAGUUCUGAACCUAAUUGUGGUGAUCUUAUUGAUGAGAGAAAGAAGAAGAUCUUUCUGCAUUUAAAGAAGUUUUACAAAGGUGCCCGUUUUACAAAUCGAUAUUUUCUUCUUAGUCUUCAGUCCAAGCACCAAGAAGGAGAUCUUGUAUGUGUUAGUGGUAAGGUCAAGAUAAUGCCUAAGAAGGAUCAUUAUGAAAUGAGAGAAUAUAACAUUGACAUACUUGAGGAUGAGAAGAAACCAGACAUCCAUGGAGACGUGAGGCCGUAUCCUCUGUACCCUUCCAAAGGAGGCAUGAGUCCGACCCUUCUGAGGGACAUCAUUUCAAGAGCUUUACAGUCCCUGUCCACAGAUAUUGAUCCUAUCCCGAAGGAUAUUUGUGAGGAAUUUGGUUUAUUAACUCUUCAUCAUGCAUACAGAGGAAUCCAUCAUCCAAAGGAUUUCAAGGAAGCUGAUUUAGCUCGUAGGCGGCUAAUAUUUGAUGAUUUCUUUUACCUUCAGUUGGGGAGAUUCUUUCAAAUACUUGAUGCACUUGGUACACGGAUAGAGAAAGAUGGAUUGUUGAAUAAGUACCGGACAAAUGAACUGAAUGGUGUUCUUACGGAAGAAUGGUCCAGUCUCACAAAGAAAUUUUUAGAAGCACUUCCGUAUUCCCUUACUCCUAGCCAGUUAAAUGCAGUUUCAGAAAUUAUUUGGGAUCUCAAACAGCCAGUCCCAAUGAACCGGCUUCUGCAGGGUGAUGUUGGAUGUGGCAAGACGGUGGUUGCUUUUUUGGCUUGCAUGGAGGUCAUUGCCUCAGGUUAUCAGGCAGCUUUUAUGGUUCCAACUGAACUACUUGCUAUCCAGCACUAUGAUCAUAUUAUGUCUUUACUAGAGAACAUUGAGGACCAGUGUAAACCUUCUGUUGCUUUACUAACAGGUUCAACUCCAUCGAAGCAAUCACGACUAAUUCGUAAGGGUCUUCUGGAGGGAGAUAUCUCAUUGGUCAUUGGAACGCACAGUCUAACAUCUGAAAAUGUGGAAUUUUCGGCUUUACGUAUUGCAGUAGUGGAUGAGCAACAUCGCUUUGGUGUGAUCCAGAGGGGAAAAUUUAACAGUAAGUUGUAUUAUGCUUCUGCAAACUCCAGAGUGAAUCUUGCAAAGUCUGAUGGGUCUUCCGAAAAUGAAGUCUAUAUGGCUCCUCAUGUUCUAGCUAUGACAGCUACUCCGAUCCCAAGGACACUUGCUUUGGCUUUAUAUGGGGACAUGUCUCUAACCCAAAUAACUGAUUUACCUCCCGGAAGAAUACCAGUAGAGACAUACAUCUUUGAAGGCAAUGACAAGGGAUUUGAAGAUGUUUAUCAGAUGAUGUGGGAUGAGUUACAGACAGGAGGGAAAGUUUAUCUUGUAUAUCCUGUGAUAGAAGAAUCAGAGCAGCUUCCCCAGCUUCGUGCUGCUUCUGCUGAUCUUGAGACAAUAUCUUCUAAAUUUAAGGGAUACCAGUGUGGGCUGUUGCAUGGAAGAAUGAAGAGUGACGACAAAGAUGAAGCAUUACGAAUGUUUAGGUCUGGGGAAACAAAGAUACUGCUUUCAACUCAAGUGAUUGAGAUUGGUGUCGAUGUUCCUGAUGCAUCCAUGAUGAUAGUCAUGAAUGCUGAGAGAUUUGGAAUUGCUCAACUGCAUCAAUUGAGAGGACGAGUUGGCCGUGGAGAGAGGAAGUCGAAGUGUAUAUUUCUUGCAUCUACUGCCGCAGGUCUAAACCGAUUGAAGGUGCUUGAGACAUCGUCUGAUGGUUUUCAGCUGGCCAAUGUAGACCUUUCUGUUCGUGGACCAGGUGACUUGCUUGGUAAGAAACAGUCAGGACACCUUCCAGAGUUUCCCAUUGCCAGAUUGGAGGUUGAUGGAAAUAUUAUACAAGAGGCACAUUUGGCCGCAUUGAAAAUUUUGGGUACUUCUCAUGAUCUCAAUCAGUUUCCGAAACUCAAAGCUGAGCUUAGCAUGAGACAGCCCCUUUGUCUUCUGGGUGACUGAUCUUCAUUCUUGUAAAAGCAUUUUGGGCACACUCAAAAUCAAUGAUCAAAGAUAGCAGGAUAUUCAGAACUGCUUGAUAUUGCAAUUGAGAGGCAUCUUGAGCACUUUUUUGUGCAGUCUCCACUGAAGUUAUAGUUGUUUAACUAACAGCCUAGGACAACCAUAUCCUGGCUAAAAAUGCUAUUUAUAAAUUUGUAUUUAUGUAAUUCAGAAAUCUUAUCUAUGGCACCUUUGCUUCAGUGAUUCAUGCCAUUCUUCCUAAAUGGGACCUCCAAAGUAUGUAUAUGGACAGUAGGUCCCAAUUUUGUAUGUAUAAUGUAGGUAUAGGGGUUUCACAGUAUGAGUGGCUUGAAGAAGGGGCAAUAACCUCGUGCAAAUUCUACUUUCAAAA